AUGAGCAAUUUUGAGGGAAUCCUCUGGAACUCCAAAAUUGCCUUUCUCAAUCAGCGAAUAUUCCCAUUACAGGUGUAUAACUCGGAUGCAUCGCCAAUGCCAAUCCCCGUGGCCUCUUUCCCCCCUACAACAUUAGGAUUCUAUUACCUGAAGGAAGGCAAACAUUACGAGGUAAUCCAGGCAACUGCGGAAGACGAUGACUCAUUCGCAGACACUGAGCUGGAGUACACGGAACAGGAACUGGAGCACGCUAUCUCGUCAAAUGCAUGGGGCGUUCUUGUUGUCCUAGGUGGGCGGAUUGGUAUCGAUUGUGAUGCACUGCAUGAUCGAGUCAUACAGUUCCAUGCACAGAAAAAUGCUUCAUCUAAGCGAGAUGCGAGCGAUCUGAGCGGCACGAACAAGUGGGCGGCCAAAAUACAUCACCCAUUACCGGUCCGAGUCCAACCUGCAUCUGAAUCCCAGCGAGAGGCAGAUUGCUUGAAUGGUUCUUGCAAUCUCCAAGGAGAACCGUGCGGGCACGACCCAGAAGGUGGUUCCGAUAAUUCUCUCUUCUAUGGGGACACAGAGAUAGCGAUUUCUACAUCUCAGUAA